GAGCAAGACAAUCUGCAGUUAAUGUUAAUUCAUAUAAGAAUAAUGCACCCUAAAUGUUUGUUGAUAAGUGGACCCAGAAACAUCACAAGCACUUUUCAAGGUGAAAUUUCAGGGAUUUCUUCUGCUUGAAUUUCAUAUUACCAGAGCAUGACUUCAACAGUUUCAAUUUGCACCCCAAUUUUCCAUUCAUCAGCCACCAAUGCCUCUGAUAUAAACCCUAGACUCUGCCUUCUUGUGAAGACUGCAAAAAGCCCAUUAUCAGCACUGAACUGUAAAGAAAUAAUCUCCCACUCUCCCACAUCUCCUCUUCAUGUUUCGGCCCAUAAGCAAUCCAGAUUUUAUAAGCAAUCCAGAUUUUACACCCCCUUUUCACCCAAAGCUGCUUCCUCAUCACCAGAGUACACAGAAGAACCUGAGACCAAGGUGAAGUUUCAAAAAUCACUGAGCCUUCCAGGUUGCUCCUUGUCUUUGUCAUUACUUGGAACUGGAUACAGAGAAAAAGUAUUUGCAAUCAUUGGAGUGAAAGUGUAUGCUGCAGGAUUAUAUGCAAAUGGAUCCAUCUUUAAUAAGUUAGAUGCCUGGAAAGGGCUUUCAGCUGCAGAUGUGCUACAGGAUUCAUCAUUGUUUGACACAAUUUUUUGGGCUCCUGUAGAGAAAUCGCUCCAUAUUAUUCUGAUAAGAGAUGUUGAUGGUAAAACAUUCUGGGACGCCUUAGAUGAAGCUGUCUCCCCAAGAAUCAACUCACCCACUCCAGUUGAUAAGCAUGCUCUUUCCACAUUCCGUAGCAUCUUCCAGGGACGGGCCCUUAAGAAAGGAACUUCCAUAUUUUUGACUUGGCUGGACCCGACCAAAAUGCUUGUGAGUAUGAAAUAUAUCUUCAUGUGUUUGUCCAUUGCUUUUUCCUUCCCCGUUCGUGGAAUAGAAGUUAUUCUCUUUUCCAUUAUCCCCUUCUUGUCUAAGCUAAAUUGCUGUCAUGUGCACUUACAGGUUUGUGUAUCAUCUGAUGGGUUGCCUUCUUCAGUUGAUGCUGCAAUUGAAUCACCAAAUGUUACAUCUGCUCUCUUUGAUGUAUUUCUUGGAGGUAAUCCGGUCUCACCUUCAUUGAAAGCUUCAGUUGCUAAUGGUUUGGCAAUGGCUCUUAUAUGAUUAAAGGCCUGAAGGGUUGAAAUUUCUGUUUGUUUUUGAGUUUCUAAGGGUAUAUAUAUAUAUAUAUUUUUUUUUUUUUCAGUAUCCAUUAGUUGAAUUUUGUAAUGUUGAGUAGAUUGAGUUUUGGUGUGCCUAGAAAAAAAGGGGUAUUUAUUGGUUUAAUCAAUACGUAUAUUCUGCAUAUUGUGAAGAA